AUAGAAUACGGCAUGCUUAUCCCGGUCCUGGUCAUCACCGAGGCGCAGCACGCUUUCGGUUGUCUCCCUCCCUCUUCCGCCUCCCGCGUUAGGUCGGCCUCGAAGCCCUCGGUCUUGGCUCGUGUCGUCCUGUGACAUGAGCCAGUCCCUCCCUUCAGUCUCUUCCUCGUAGAUACAAGAUCGAAGCCCGUUCGGGAAAGCCAUAACGCCUUUGUCCUUGCACUUGGCGCUGCAGUCUCGAAGCCUACUGUUACUACCACUCUUCGUACUGUAAUAGCAUCCAGGCUCUCGAUUGAGACGCGUUCUCGACUAGCCACCAUCGCCGUUCUUCGCGCCUCUCAAUCCGUCACCACCCCUCUACGAGCUCGCCGUCCGGCUCCGUAGAGCCGACAUGGGGCGUCCCCAUAUCUUCUCUUUCCUCCCGCCAAUGUUGCCUCUCCUCCUCCUGCUCGUGCUGCCUCUCGCGUGGCAGCGAGCAGCGGAGGCUGGCUCGUACCCCAUCAGCGGCGCCGCCUGCAAUUACGCCAAGGGCAGGUGGAUUCGGUCCCCGCACACCAAGCCGGCGUAUUCGGCGUACAGCUGCAAGAGCAUUCGGUCGCAGGCCAACUGCUACAAGAACGGCCGCCGCGACUACAACUACCUCAACUGGCGCUGGCAGCCCGACCACUGCACCCUGCAGAGGUUCGACUCGGGCAAGUUCCUGAGCCGGUACCGCAACAAGGUGAUUGGCAUCGCGGGGGACUCCUUCUCCGCCAACUUCGAGGACUCGCUGCAGUGCAUCCUCUCCUCCAACAGCUCCACCUCGCGCAUGACGUCGAGUCUGGACACCGAAGAUGUUAGCGGGUUCGUCAUUGACGCGUACAACGUUACUGUGCUGCACAUCGCGGCUGCUUUCCUCGUUGACGCCUCCCCUAUCUCCAAGGCGUCCAGCAGCGGUUCGUGGAAGAUUAACCUGGACAAGCCGCACAGCAGCUGGGCCAACAUACUGGAUCAUAUCGACGUCUUUAUUUUCAACGCCGGUCACUGGUUCGUUAAUGCCCCCGACAACCUCCGCCAGUACUACAUCGGCGGGGUGAAGCAGAGCGGGCUGACGGGCUUUACCGCCAUGAAGCUUGCGCUAACGACGGUGCGCAACACGAUCGUAAAAACCAACUACGCGGGCAUCCCGGUCUUCCUCACCUUCUCGCCGUUCCACUACUCGGACUCGUUCAACACGGGCGGCGACUGCGCGGGGUGGUGGCGGCCGAUGACCCAGGAGGAGUUCCAAAUCGCGCUCGAGAAGAGCGAGGCGGCGGAAGCCGUGCGCGUGCAGCUCGCGGUCUUCACCGGCAGCACCGGCAGCGGCGUCAGCGGCGUGAGCGCGGGCGCUGGCAAGGGCGGGAAGGCCAGCGGGAGCGGGAGCGGAAGCGGAAGCGGGAAGAAGGCGAGCGCGAAUAGUGUUGCGGAGGGGAGGAAUGUGAUGGAGGUGGGGGAAGAAGGGGGGUGGGAGGGGGUAGAUGAUGAGCUGGCGAGUGAGGAGUUGGAAACGGAGGAGCGGGGAAGGGAGCUCAAGAUAUCGGACUCCAAGAGUUCGUCCUCCAAGGACAAGUCAUCCUCCUCGAAGAGCGAUACCUCCACGGACUCUUCGAAGCAGGCUUCGUCCAAGAGCUCCUCCGAUUCUAAGAGCUCCAGUUCAAAGAGUUCUGACUCUAAGAGCUCCGGCUCUAAGAGCUCCGAUUCUAAAACGUCUUCCUCCAGCAAAAAGACCACCACUGAGAGCUACAGCAAGAACUCAUCGUCCAAGAGCUCCGAUUCCAAAUCCUCGUCCCAGGGCUCCUCCUCCAAGUCGAGUUCUUCGACGAGCUCGUCCAAAGCCAAGUCGGAGUCGCAGUCCGGGUCGUCCAAGUCCUCAGGCAAUGGGGGUGGCAAGGGCGCGAUGGCGAAAAAGCCAGGCACCGUGGCCCAGUCAUAUGGGAGCAGCAACACCGAAUUCGGCAAUGUGAAAUUCAGCAUCCUCGAUAUAACGCUCCUCAGCCUUAUUCGGCCCGAUGCGCACAUCCAGAACUUCAGCGGAGAGGGGCCCAAGGUGGAUUGCUCGCAUUGGUGCACCCCUGGCCUGCCUGAUACGUGGUCCGAUAUACUGUACUCCAUGCUUAUGAACUAGGUACUACAAGACGAGGUCAAAAGGUUUGGGCGCUAAACAUACCAGUAGUUUGUUCAUUUUGUAGUGAAACAUUACAAAUGUAUUUUUGAUUUUCUA